CCUCAGUGCCCCCGAAUUAAUAGUGACUCUUUCUAUAACACUCUUCCUCCUUUCUCCUUUAUAAUUGAGUCUUCAGUUUCUGAGUCCGACUCUUCUCAUCAUCACAGCUUCAACUUCUCAUUAUUCUCAUCUGGUGGCUUUGCUGUCUUUUGUCUUCCUUGGACGACCUGCUUUUGCAGAUUCUCAUAGAUUCUUCAAAGCUUUAGUCCAGAUUCGAGGGUCGGUUUCAUAUGCUUGAAAUCUCUCACCCAAAUCAGCUAUGGAGACUCUGAAUCCACUCUCUCACGUGCCUAUCUCUGAUUACCGGUCUGUGGGUCAAGAUAUGGUGAGCUUACAAAGCUCUAGCAGCAUCUGGACUAAAGAAGAGAACAAGAUGUUCGAACGAGCCCUUGCCAUCUACCCUGAAGACUCACCCGAUCGCUGGUUCAAGAUUGCUUCCAUGAUCCCUGGAAAGACUGUUUUUGAUGUAAUGAAGCAAUACAGUAAGCUCGAGGAAGACGUUUUCGAUAUUGAAGAAGGACGUGUCCCCAUUCCUGGUUACCCUUCUCCUUUAGGGUUUACCCAGGACACGUGUCGAAAGCGACCUAAUGGAGCCAGAGGAUCUGAUCACGAACGGAAGAAAGGAGUCCCUUGGACAGAGGAAGAACACAGGAGAUUCUUGCUAGGGCUUCUCAAGUACGGGAAAGGUGACUGGAGAAACAUAUCGAGAAACUUCGUGGUGUCGAAGACCCCAACGCAAGUUGCAAGCCAUGCCCAAAAGUAUUACCAGAGACAACUCUCAGGAGCCAAGGAUAAGCGCCGGCCAAGCAUCCAUGACAUCACAACCGUCAACUUUCUAAAUGCCAAUCUCAACCGUUCCUUUUCUGAUCAUAGAGAUAUCCUCCCGGAUUUAGGGUUUAUCGAAAAUGAUAAAGCCGAGGAGGGACUAAUGUGUAUGAGUCAGAAUCUUUUCUCUCCAUCAUCAGCUCCCUUUGAUGCUGCCUUUAACUUUGCUGGAGUAAAUGCAUUUAGUGCCGGAGCUUAAAGUAAGAUAUAAUCACCAAACUCAAAAGUUCGAAUGAAGUUGUGUUGUAAAACUGUAAUGAAAAACCCAAGUCUAUAUAUGUUGUGUCAUAAUCUUGUUUUCUAUACAUGAAUGUGACUGUGUAUGUGCGUCA